AAAAAAAUUUAAUAAUUGAAAAAUGGAUGAGGAGGAUGGAGGAGGAGGAGGAAGAGGAGGUGGUGGUGGUGGUGGUGGCGGAGGAGGGGGAGAAGGAGGAGAGGGAGAAGAGAUGAAGGAAGACGAGGAGGAGGAGAGUGUAAAGGGAAGACAUAUGGUGGAAGGAAGAGGAGGAGGAGGAGAGGAAGACACUGCACAAACAAGAGGAAGAGGAAUUGAAGAGAAGAGUGUCAAAGAAGACAUGAUGCGAGGAAGAGGAGGAGGAAGAGUAGAGGUGGGGGAAGAGGAGGAGGAGGAGGAAGACCUGCAAGGAAGAGGAGGAAGAGGAGAAGAAGAGGAAGUGGAUACUGGUGAUGUAAAUGGCAACUCUACAAGAGCAGGAGUCCCGACGCAGGCUCUUAGCGAAGUCCUCAGUGAUCCAGGAAGAUUCGCUUACUGCGGGCUGGUGACUGGUUCCCUCGUCCACCUCUUCUGUGACCCCCUCCUCAACACCUCCUCCAGUGUCACCUCGCCAGCCUCACCAGAUGUGUCCAGUUCUGAUUUUGACUUCGCUCUGUCCACCAUGAACCGACUGGCAAGACACCUGGGUUUGCCCGAGCAGGUGCGGCAGGUGAUGGAGAUGACCUUACGUGGCCAGGUGGAGGGCAGCUCGCUAAGAUCCUACGUGCAAGUCCUGAAGGAGGAGCCCCCCUUAGCACGGUCCAGGAUGCCAGUUGUGCAGGACCUCGUCAUGUUCGCCGUGCAGGGAGGCUGCUAUGACGCCAGGAUUCGCGUCUUGAUCACCUAUGUCACGUGUCUGCUUCACGUCAGUAUAGACCUGCUGGAAAUGUACGAAGAAAGUGUCCUGGAGUAUUUGACAGUAGAAGAGGAGGUACCGAUGACUGAGGAAGAGGAGCGGGAGGAGGCACGGAGGCGGAAGUACAAGAAGAUCAAGAGAUACACAGCCAUUGGUCUCGCCACGCUGGGGGGCGGCGCCGUGCUGGGCCUCACCGGGGGCCUGGCUGCACCCUUCAUUGGAGCAGGCCUUGGCACUAUCAUUGGCGCAGGAGGAGCAGCGGCCAUCUCGUCGACUGCUGGCGUGGCUGUCGUUGGGUCAAUGUUUGGGGCAGCGGGGGCAGGGCUGACAGGGUUCAAGAUGCAGAAGAGGAUAGGGGACGUGGAGGAGUUUGCCUUUGACUACCUCACAGACGGAAGCCACCUGCACAUCACUAUUGCCAUCUCCGGCUGGCUCACCAAGGAGGGCACCGAGGAGUUCAGCAAACCCUGGCUCAGACUGUACCACUCCAGGGAACAGUACUGUCUUCGCUACGAGUCCCAGUACCUGCUGGAGUUAGGAAAGGCCAUGGAUUAUCUGCUGCAGUUUGCUCUCUCCAUGGCUGUGCAGGAGACACUCAAGUACACCAUUCUUGCAGGUAUCAUCUCAGCCAUCACCUGGCCCACCUCCCUCCUCACCCUGGCCUCUGUGAUUGACAACCCGUGGGGCGUGUGCUGCCGACGGUCUGCCCAGGUGGGGAAGCAGCUGGCUGAGGUGUUACUCCAGGGGCAGCACGGCAGAAGACCUGUCACCCUCAUUGGCUUCUCCCUUGGUGCUCGAGUCAUCUAUUACUGCCUGCAGGAGCUGCACCGCAAGAAGAGCAGUGCCAGCAUAGUGCAGGACGCCAUCAUGCUUGGUGCCCCGGUGCCUGGCUACCCGAAGGAUUGGGAGAAGUUCCGUGAGGUGGUGUCGGGACGCAUCAUCAACGGCUACUGUCAGGGUGACUGGCUGCUGCGCUUCCUGUAUCGCUCCUCCUCCGGCAGCAUCAAGAUCGCAGGACUCAUGCCCGUGGAGUGGCAGGACCGCAGGAUGUUCAACUUUGACCUGUCUGAGAUUGUGACGGGCCACAUGGACUAUGCCAAGAAGAUGGACGUCAUCCUACACCUGCUGGGCAUCCGCACCAGGGAUCCGUUCAACUUGGAUGACCCGCGGGUGAAGAAGAGCGCAUCUGACUACCCCGGCUUCUCCCCCUACUAUGGCAAGGAAGACAUUUCUGGGAUUCGUCCUUCAUCCUCGGACAGCAUGCUCUUCUGUGGCCACAAUGCACCCCUGGCCAGGUCUCGCUCCUCUGACGACCUGCUCAUCUCUCGCUCCAGCACCCUGCUUGACCCCUCAGGAAGCCCACUACCAGAGGAGAACACCAAGCCCAGAUCUCUGUCCUCCUACGAUUUUGCGAGUAGAAAGUGUGUGCCCCUCAAAGUUAUUGGUCCACAGUGCUCAUUCUCGCAGGACAAGCAGUCCAGGUCCCUGGCAUCCAGCAACGUGCAAAUAGACCAGGCUGGGAUGUCAAGGAGUCUAGGUGAAGUGGAUUUUAAGGAGCAGGUAACAUCUUCUAAGGGGUAUUUUGAUUUCUUCUCCCGCAAGUCUCAGCCAAGCACGGCCACCACCUUCAGCAAGGACAAGAAUACUCUUGCUGCCCAGGAGAAGUUCAAGCGACGGACAGUAUCCUCGGGUAACCUUUUCCCAACCAAGCCAGGGACAUCUGGAAGGAAGGAGCUGAGUCGCACUGCCUCACAGGACCAGCCCAGACACUCCAUCUUCCAGAUAUUCUCCAAGAAGCAGGAGCGCAUCGAUGAGGCCUGAGGUGGUGUGAGGCUGAGAGGAGGAGGAGAAGGUGCCAGUACUGAUAGGCAUGCAUUGUGAGUCUUGAAUGAAGGCUUAGUGCUUGAGUCUGGUAAGAGGCGAAUGGUAUGAAUCAGAGAGAAGGAAGAGAAGUUACUAGUAUUGAUAAGACAGAUUGUGAGCUACAGAGAGAAGAGGAGACCAGUAUAGAUAAGGCAUAAACUCUGAGUCUGUAUGAGUCUGAUAAGAUGAGAUGCAUCUAGUAUUAAUCAAAGAGAAGGAAGAGAGACUGUUAGUAUUAAUAAGACAGAUUGUGAGCUACAGAGGAGAAAUGGUACUAAAACUGAUAAAGGAUAGUGUGCAAGUCUGAGAGGAUAAGGAGAUGCUAAUAGUAUUACUCAAGGAGGAGGAAGAAGAGGAGAGCCAACUUGUAUUGAAAAGAAACAUAUCAUUUAAAUUUAGAACAGCUAAAAAGAAGGAGAGAAACUUAAUGUUUCACCCUUUAAUCUAUCAAAAAAAAAAAAAGCACUUUUUCACCACCACCGUUUCAAACUCACUGGAAACAACAGUAUCACAUGUUUUAUACCCCCGGACAAAAACUGCAUGACAUAUCUUCCCUCACCUCCCCUCUUCUUGCUGGGAUAGAAACCAAAUCUACUUCAACUUUCUAGAAAUGGUGCUGAUUCAUAACCCUAUUUUUGUAGUGUAGCUUCUUAUGCGAGUGUGUGAGCUGACAAACGCAAACACACUCUCUUCCUGUGUCUCUGCAUUGCUAGAGGGUAACGAUACAUCAGGUUUUGGGGUGUGCCAAUGUGUUAAGCUGUCAGGGAUGUAGAGUGAUUUGUAUUGCGAUGAGGGGUGAGUUGGAGUGAAAAUGGAAGAUAUGAGAGUUAAAGAUAGAAAGUAAAGGAGGAAAUGGGAUAUUGGUCGACUGUGGAAAUUAAAGAAUGGGUAAUAAAGAAUAUGAAGGAAGAAAUGGGAGAUAAGAAUGAAGGAGAGGGAAGGGCGGGUGAUAAAGAUAGUGAGGAUUGAGAAGUGAGAGAAUGACAGAUGAAUAUAAAGGAAGGUGAGAGAUAAAUGAAGAAUGAAGGAGAGAUGAGUGAAUGACAGAAAUGGAGAUAAAAUGAAAUGAAAGAUAAGGAGGAAACAAAAGAAAACAAAAGAAAGACACAAGACUAGAAAACAAGAAAAGGACAAGAGUGAAAAUGAGUAAAUGAGAGACGAGAGCACAACAGGAAGACAAAUAGAAAACAAGAGACGAGAAAAAGACAGGAAUAAAAACCAAACUUUAAACUCUUGGAUAUAAAGGCGAUAUUUCCUUAUUCUGAUGCAACAUGGCAACACUGCUGACUCAUAGCACACAACACAACACUGAUCUUCCAAAUCUCACAAAACUAGAAAACAAGAUUACCAGCAGGUUAGAAUAAAGAUUGAAAAUGCUAUGAUGGAAGUGAAUAUGGGAUGGUAGUUGACUUUUGAGCUUGUCUGCCAAAAGUCUCCCCACAAAUCUAGAAAGCUUGAGAUCACUAGCAGGUCAAAAUAAAGAGUGAAAACGCUAUGAUAGAAGUGAAUGUAGGUUGGUGAUUGAGUUGUGUGUAGUUUGCAUUUGGUACCUUGCCAUGUGUGUGUCGGAAUAAGGCACUGCCACCACCAUUCAGCAUCACAGCGUCACAGAAACACUGCAUCACCCUCAGGACGGCAUUCUCAAGCACUCCACCAGGCAAACAGGCUUGUUGACAUCACUCAAGGAUGUUUUCACCACACGAGUGAUAGUCUAACCGAAGACUGACAGACAAAACUAUAAAAAAAAAACUCAGCUUACAAUCCCUGUGGCCUUUGAGAAACAGCCCUGGUGAGAGAGUAGUGCUUCGGAAUACACGUCCUACCCCAGCCUACGAGUAUAUGACGCAGGCAGGCUGAGGUUCCGAAUACACUAGCAGCCUGCCUUCCUGCUAGUUCCUACUCGCUGCUCCGACGUCCAUACUUCCAUACCAUCCAUCAAACUCACCGCUCGCCGCACCUUAUAGUUCCGUUGGCUGUUACGUUUCUGUGUCACUCACUCACCCGUCUUCAGGGAGCUUGUGAUAAUGUGUGGAGUAGCUUUAGCUGUAGCUGUGUAGUGUUUUAACCUUUGUGUGUAUGUGUGGCCCUUCAUGUACCUGUGUGUGUGAGGGAGAGAUGGUGCUGUGGGGUAGAGAAGAGGAGGAGAAGGAGGAGGAGGAGGAGGGGGAGGUGGUAAGGCUUUAGAAGUGAGAGAAAAGGAUGUGGUGGAGAAAGAGUUGAAAAGAACAGAGAGAACAGGAGGUGAAGAUUUAGAAUAGGAGGAAGAGGUGAUAAAGAAUAGAGAGAAAGAGGAUGAGGAGAAAUAGGUGAUGAACAGGAGAGAAGAGGCAAUAAAGAACAGAGAUGAGAAGAGGUGAUGAAUAAAGAACAGGAGAGAGAGUUUACAAAAAUGACAGAGAAAGAGAAGGAGGAGGAGGAGGAAGAGGUGAUGAUGAAGAACAAGGGAAAGAGAUGGCAACAAAGAAUAGAGAGAAAAAGGAAGAAGUAAUAAAAAAAAGGAAGAAGAAGAACAGGAGGAAGACAUACAAAACAAAGAAGAAAAAUGAAGAAAGAAGUAUUUAAAUAACAAACAAAACAAAACAAUAUCACCUCACAUACUUGAAUAACUGCAGAGAGAGAGAGAGAGAGAGAGAGAGAGAGAGAGAGAGAGAGAGAGAGAGAGAGAGAGAGAGAGAGAGAGAGAGAGAGAGAGAGAUAAUCCUGUCUAUCUGUCUGUCUGUCUAUCCUAUGUAGAGUAUUUAUUUUUAGACACCGGAGACACAUAGGUAUGCAUGAUAUAUUUUGAUAGUGAGGAAGUGCAUAGAUGUGAUCCUUUAAGUUAGUUUUAUGCACAGGAGGGAGUGGUCACUGAGUCUGGCUACCCACAGCCCACCCACCGCCCACCCUCUGCCCACUCAUUGCCCACUCACUGCCCACUCACCAGUACCCACUAGAAAUUCGUAUAAUAUUAAUUGCAGGAGAUGUAAUGCAAAGUAAUAUUAGUCCAUUUUUUCAGAGUCUGAGUUCAGUAAGUGAUAGAAAAUGAGUUUUGUAUUAUUCAUAUGUCUAACUUUUUUUUUCACUUCAUUAUGACAAACUAAGAGGGAAUUGGAUGAAUUUUAAAAUCUAUUUGUAGUACAAGUUAAAGAUUUUUUUUUUUUUUUAUUAUUAUCAAGGAGUUUUGUAGCAUCAAAUAUUCAUCCAGCAUCUUACAGUAUUUUAUUCACUUUACUUUGACAAACUAAGAGGAAAUUAAGAGAGACAGAUAGAAAUUGCAUGAAAGAGAGAGAAAUAGAGAUAGAAAAGGAGUUUUGUAUCACCAUAUUAUUCAUCCAACAUUGAACUGUAUCUUAUUCACUCCAUUAUGACAAGCUAAGAGAGAAUUGAGUGAGAGAGAGAUAGAAAUUGGGUGAGAGAGAGAGAGAGAGAUGGAUAGAUAUUGGGUGUAAGAUAAAAAGAAGAGUUUUGUAUUAUAUUAUUCAUUCAACAUGUAACUGUAUUUCUUCACUCCAUUAUGACAAACUAAGAGGGAAUUGGGUUAUGUUCAGAAGCUAUUUGUAUUACAUUGCUAAUUUUGGCUCUUCUUUAGUGACUGGCAUCUCAGAGGGUCUUUUUCUUAUAUAGAUAUUUUGUUACCCUUGGCCAGUCCCUCCUCUUACAUAAAAAAAAAAAAAAAACUAAAAAAAACAUGCAUUAAAGAAAACUGGGUGCUGUGUGGGUGCUAGGGUGUGUAAGGGUGUGUGUUAAGGUGUGUGCCAGGGUGUGCCAGAACUCAUACCCUCCCCCAACACUUCAGAGCGGGUUGACUUGAUGCCGUCUAAACACACCUCUCAGUGGGGCUCUCUGUCGGCCUCUCCCCUUAUCCCUUCCCUCUUACCCCUAAUGCCCUGAACACCCCCACCAAAGCCUGUGCAGGAACCCAGACCCCUUCCCUUCCUUUCCCUUCCCCAGCCUUCCCCUUUCCCUCCCCAGCCUGGCCUCCUUCCCUCCCCAGCCUGCCUCUUUCCCUUUCCUAGCCUGGCCCCCUUCCCCUCCCCAGCCUGGCCCUGCAGUUCUAGGAUUGUGCUAGUAUGUCACUCUUUGGGCCAUGUUCUGAAACACUUCUGUGCUGCACCUCCACUACUUUUGAAAGGCUGCAGUUGAAACUACAUGGGUUUUCAAGGGUGUUUUUUGCAGUUUUAGUCACAGAUUUACAAGAUUUCUACAUUACUGAAAGGAGAAAUAGUCUUGAGAACCCUUCUGAUUGUCUCUGUGGCCUUGGAAAAUGGAGGUAGUGAGAGAAUAAAGUGUCUCAGAAUACAGGUCUUUGUCUGUACAGUUACUACAAUAAGUCUUGUCACAAAAUGUAGUUUGGUCUGCCCGCGAGGAACAGACAAAGGGUGUACCUCUGUAGUGAUGCCCUGUCAUGUGCUACUACUAUUGCUACUACAGUACAUGCUUCCAUAGGACACAGACUGAAGCACUUGUUGUAAUAUAUCCAAAACUAUAUUAGCUUGACCCCAUAGCAGGAUGUAUGUACAGUGAGGGCCAGAAGUAGUGUGCAGAUUUGAACUUCACUCGCUAGACUGUGAUUUCUUCUUUUUUCUCUCUUAUCAGUUGUUUUGGAACGUGCAACUUUAUUAAUAGUGGCAGAUUUUGGUUAACUUUCAAUACAAAACACAGUAAUUUUCUUUUUCUAUCUGAUUAAUUAUUUGGGAAUAUAUGAAAUUUCUAAAAGUGCCAAUUUCAUAAACUUUUACAUUCAUGAUUCAGUGAUUUUUUUUUUAUGAGAUGAAUUGUUUUGAAAUGUGCUGCUCUACUAAUAGUGUCAAAUUUCACAAACUUUACACACAAGACUCAAUAACUUCUUUUAUCUAACAGUUUAAUUGUUUUGAAAUGUAUAGCAUUACUUAUUGUGUCAGAUUUCAUACAUUUUUCUCACACAAGACACUUUUCUCUCAGUCUAUCUGUUUUGCAAUAUGUAACAUUACUUGUGGCUAUCAAUGUACAUAGCUUGUCUCUGUAACAAGGUACAGUCCCAGCCAAGAGUAACAUCACAUAUUCCACUAACUGUCACUCAAGAAACACUACAAUUUUUCCUAUAACAUCAAACUAUUUUGAAAUACUUGAGACACAUGCAGCACCACUUCUGGUUUUUACCGUACAUACUAUGAUAAUAAUAAUAAUAACAUCCUUGUUGAUUUUUUAGAAUUUUAUAUAGAAUUAUUUUGCUGUAGAUUAAGAAAGCUAUUUUGAUGAAAUAUAACAAUAAUAAUAAUAACAAUAAUGAUAAUAAUAAUAAUAUACAUGCAUACAGCAAGAUUAUAGAUAGAUAGAACCUAUAUAAUCACUGAUGCUUGCUCUGUGUCUGUGAGUUGUGAGGAUGCCUGUGUGUCUGUGCUAAUGUUGUGUGUGUGUGUGUGGCCAGGUUAUGGAAACAGGGUAAAGCUGUGUGGAGGUUUUCUUGUGUGAGGAAUGAAGGGUGAAGAUGCAGUUUAGAUGUUAGUCAGUGAAAUGGAGUGCACACAAUAUAUUGAUGUUUUGAAGAGGACCUGGACAUUUGAGAAAGGGAUGGAAAGGUGAAAUAAAGGAUAAAGAUUAGAGUUUAUAAGUUAAUAAGUGAAAUAUAAGAGAUAGGAUUACAGAAUGAUCUUAUUGUUAUGAAAAAAAAUCAGGGUAUUUGAGAAUAUGGAAAAGUGAAGUAAACAGUAAAAAUUUAGAUUUAAUUAAAGUUUGUAAAUUAAUGAGUAAAACAGAAGAGGUGGACAGGAUUACAAAGUUAUCUUAUUGUUUUGAAGAGAAUCUGGGUAUUUGAGAAAAAAAUGGAAAAGUGUAAUAAAUUAUAUAGAUAGAUUUAAUUAGAGUUUAUAAGUUAGUGAGUGAAAUACAAGAGACAGGCAGGAUUACACUUGAUGUAUUAAUGUAGUGAAGAGAAUCCGGUUAUUUGAGAGGACAUGAAAAUAAGAAAGUGAGAUGAAAGGUUCUUAAUGAAGGGAGACUAGAAUGAAAAGAAA